ACCUGAGGAAUCCGCCUCCGGCCGCGGCCGCCGCCUCGCUCCGCCCCGGGGACCUGAGCGCGCGGCCCGCGCGCCUGCCACAGAGACGCCAGCCGCCGGCGGCGCUAGCACCUCGGAGGAGGCGACGGAGCCCGCGGAGCGCAGCGCCGCCCGGGAGCGGACUGGGGGUGGGGAGAGCAGCCCGGCCGCGGCGAGGCCACCCCGGUCCUCGGCCCUCGCGCCCGCCAGGCCAGCUUCCCUCUGCUCCUCUAAACUCCUGAGGCUUGGAGAAAGUGAACUCUGAAAAUCAGUCUUUCUCUCUUGUGCAGGACCUGUGGAGUUUCUUCAAUCCAGGUGCAAGAAAGCCUUAACCAAGUUUUAAUCUAGGCAACAGGCUCUCCCUGAAGUGUUGACUGCCCGAUUUAAUCAUGAACAUGAUUCAAAAAUGCUAAUAAAUAAACCAAGACCAUGGGGAACUCAUAUGCUGGGCAACUGAAGUCUGCUCGAUUUGAGGAAGCUCUGCACAACUCCAUAGAAGCCUCUCUCAGAUGCAGUAGUGUGGUACCACGGCCAAUUUUUUCCCAGCUCUACUUGGACCCUGACCAACAUCCAUUUUCAUCUGCAGAUGUCAAACCCAAGGUGGAGGAUCUGGAUAAGGAUCUGGUGCAUCGCUACACGCAGAAUGGCAGCUUGGAUUUUUCUAACAACCUAACAGUUAAUGAGAUGGAAGAUGAUGAUGAUGACGAGGAAAUGUCCGAUUCCAGCAGCCCACCCAUCCCCUACUCACAGAAACCUGCCCCCGAGGGAUCCUGCACCACCGAUGGUUUUUGUCAAGCAGGAAAGGACCUGCGUCUGGUGUCACUCUGUAUGGAGCAGAUCGACAUCCCAGCAGGGUUCCUUCUGGUGGGGGCCAAGUCCCCCAAUCUUCCUGAACACAUCCUGGUCUGUGCUGUGGAUAAGCGCUUUCUACCGGACGACCAUGGGAAAAAUGCACUUUUAGGGUUUUCUGGAAACUGUAUCGGCUGCGGAGAAAGAGGAUUUCGGUAUUUCACGGAAUUUUCCAACCACAUUAACUUGAAGCUCACCACCCAGCCAAAGAAGCAGAAGCACUUAAAGUACUACCUAGUCAGAACCUCCCAGGGUGUGCUGUCCAAGGGACCGCUUAUCUGCUGGAAAGAAUGUAGAAGCCGACAAUCCUCGACCACUUGCCACUCUAUGAAACCAAACUCUUCAGCAUCAGCUGUCACCCCAGAAAAUGGAACAACUAAUGGAUACAAAGCAGGAUUCACUCAGACAGACUCACCAGUUCUCAGUCCAGCUAAUUCUGCAGUCAGCGUAAGCGGCGCUCAGGACCUGACCCGGAAUAAGAACAUUGUGAAACCACUGGCUUUAUCUUUGCAGACCGUAGGGAAGACUUUUGCCACAGAUGCUGCAAAUGGGAACAGCAGCCAUGCGGGGAAGACCACCGCGCCCAGCUUCACUCCAGCCCGCCCGGGGAGCUACUCCCUGUCACCACGGCCUGGCUACGCAUCUGUAGACCAAGCCACCAUGUUCAUUUCCGGGCCACCAAAGAAACGACACCGGGGAUGGUAUCCUGGCUCGCCUGUCCCCCAACCUGGUUUAGUUGUACCUGUUCCUACCAUCCGCCCGCUUUCAAGAAUCGAACCCCUUUUAUCUGCCCCAGUUCCACAGACCCCAUUAACUGGAAUUUUACAACCUCGACCCAUUCCUGCGGGGGAAACUGUAAUUGUUCCUGAAAACCUGCUGAGUAACUCAGGCGUUAGACCCGUAAUCCUGAUAGGCUAUGGCACUUUACCCUAUUUCUAUGGAAAUGUCGGUGACAUCGUGGUGAGUCCGCUGCUGGUGAAUUGCUACAAGAUCCCCCAGUUGGAAAACAAAGAUUUGGAACAAUUAGGGUUGACUGGCAGCCAACUCCUGAGUGUGGAAAAUAUGAUCCUUCUGACGAUACAGUAUCUUGUGCGGCUUGGUCCUGAUCAGAUUCCUCUCAGGGAAGAAUUCGAGCAGAUUAUGCUGAAAGCUAUGCAGGAAUUUACCCUGAGAGAGCGAGCCCUGCAGGUGGGCGCCUCCUGCGCCUCUGUGUCGCCGGGACAGCUCCCCUGGCUGGCUAGGUUAAUCGCCAGUGUGUCCCAAGACUUGGUCCAUGUGAUGGUGACCCAGAACUCUUUGGCCGAGGGCAUUUCAGAGACGCUGAGGAUUCUCAGCGAAAUGAGACACUACCAAAGGCUUCCAGAUUACGUCGUGGCAAUUUGUGCUUCAAAAAUCAGAGGAAAUGAAUUCUGUGUGGUGGUACUCGGUCAGCAUCAGUCUCGAGCACUGGCUGAGAGCAUGCUCACCACAAGUGAGUUUUUGAAGGAAAUCAGUUAUGAGCUCAUCACAGGAAAGGUCAGUUUCCUGGCAUCACAUUUCAAAACCACGUCAUUAGGCGAUGACCUGGACAGGCUGCUAGAAAAAAUGCAACAAAGAAGAGGAGACAGCGUGGUCACCCCUUUUAACGGAGAGCUCAGCGAACGUGUGUCACUGCAUGAGGCUGCUGCAAUGGUUCCCACGCAAAACCUGGAUUUAGAUACUGAAACCUUCCAAAUUUAUCAACCACAGCUUACGGUGGCCAGAAAACUCUUAUCCCAGGUAUGUGCCAUUGCGGACAGCGGCAGCCAGAGCCUGGACCUUGGCCACUUCAGCAAAGUGGACUUCAUCAUCAUCGUCCCGAGGUCGGAGGUCCUGGUCCAGCAAACACUGCAGCGGGUUCGACAAUCAGGCGUCCUCGUGGACCUGGGUCUGGAGGAGACGGCCACGGCUCACCAGCGCGCCGAGAAGUACGUGGUCCGCCUGGACAGCGAGAUCCAGAGCAAGUUCGAGGUGUUCAUGCGCAGAGUGAAGCAGAACCCGUACACGCUCUUCGUGCUCGUCCACGACCACGCGCACGUGGAGCUGACCAGCGUCAUUUCAGGGUCCCUGGCACAUGGGGAGCCCAGCCACGGCCUGGCGGACCGAGUCAUUAACUGCAGAGAAGUCCUGGAAGCUUUCAACCUCCUGGUGCUGCAGGUCAGCUCCUUCCCCUACACCCUGCAGACUCAGCAGUCUCGCAUCAGCACCAGCAACGAGGUGCACUGGAUCCAGCUGGACGCCACGGAGGACGCGGGCUGCCAGGAGAAGCUGUACUUCGGCCUGAACGAGUACAGCAAGUCCCUGCAGUGGGGCGUCACCAGCCCACUCCUGAGGUGCGACGAGACCUUCGAGAAGAUGGUGAGCGCGCUCCUGGAGAGGUACCCCCGGCUGCACAGCAUGGUGGUGCGCUGUUACCUGCUCAUCCAGCAGUACUCGCAAGCCCUGAUGGCGCUCACCACCGUGGCACCACUCCGGGACCACAGCACGCCCGAGACGCUGAGCAUCGUGGACGACCUCAUCAGCUCCCCCGGCAGGAGCACGAGCGGCCAGGGACACAUGCUGGUGCUCAGGGUGCCCUCGGUGCAGCUGGCCAUGCUGGCCAAGGAGCGGCUGCAGGAGGUGCGUGACAAGCUGGGCCUGCAGUAUCGCUUCGAGAUCAUCCUGGGCAACCCGGCCUCGGAGCUCAGCGUUGCGGCGCACUUCGUGGCGCGACUAAAGACAUGGCGGGGAAACGAGCUGGACGAGUGGACACCGCGGACCUACCAGGACCUCGAAGGGCUGCCGUGCAUCGUGAUCCUGACGGGCAAGGACCCUCUAGGGGAGACCUUUCCCAGGUCCCUGAAGUAUUGUGACCUCCGCUUAAUAGACUCGAGCUACCUAACACGCACCGCCCUGGAGCAGGAGUUGGGCCUGGCCUGUUGCUAUGUCUCCAAAGAGGUCCUGCGGGGGUCCCCGGCCGCACUCGACCUCAGUGGGAAGGAGCCCGAGAGGCCCCAAGUCAGCGAGCUGGACCUGGACCCCGACCCCGACCCAGACCCUGAUCCCGACCCUGAGGAGCUGCUCCCCGACCUGGAGCGGCCACAAAGCAACAGCAGCGCCUUCACAGGAACCUCAGGUUCGGUCAUGGAGAACGGGGUGAGCUCCUCCAGCACGGCCGACCGGGCCCCGCGACGGCCCCUGAGCCCCGGCUCCCAGAGCCCGGCCAGCAGCGCAGGGCCUGGCGAAGCCAGCGACGCCCCGCGCCCGGAGUGCGACUCCCUGGGCCCCGCCGCGCCCAGUCCCGCGUCCUCGGCUCCCGCACUGCCGCCCGCGGUGAUCCUGUCGCGCGCCGCCUACCGCCUGCUGGGGGCCGCCGCCGCGUCGCCGCUGUCCUCGGCGCUGCUGCCGCACGCGGACGUGGCCUGGGUGAGCGCGCUGCGGCCGCGGCCGAAGGGAGACGCCAGCGGCGAGGAGCUGUCGCGCUACUACCGGCGCUGGACGGCGGCGCGACAGCACCACGCGGACCACGGCCACCGGCCCGAGGCCGCCCGCACCGGCCACCCGCGCCGCCUGCUGCUCACCGGGCCGCCGCAGGCGGGCAAGACCGGCUCGUACCUGCAGUUCCUCCGGAUCCUCUUCCGCAUGCUUAUCCGGCUCCUGGAGGUGGACGUGUUCGACGAGGCGGAGAUCAACGCGGAUCACAGCGACAGCAGCCCCUCGGGCCAGGCCGAGGGCGAGCCGUGGCCCGACCUGGAGAGCUUCAGCAAGAUGCCCUUCGACGUGAGCGUGCACGACCCCAAGUACAGCCGCAUGAGCCUGGUGUACACGGAGAAGCUGGCGGGCAUCAAGCAAGAAGGCGCCAAGGAGUGCAAGAGUGAGGAGCCGCGGAGGCGAGAAACUGUGUCCAUGAUGCUGACCAAGUACGCGGCCUACAACACCUUUCACCACUGCGAGCAGUGCCACCAGUACAUGGAGUUCGCUGCAGCCUCCCAGAUGUCGGACUCUACCCUCCACGCGUUCACCUUCUCCUCCUCCAUGCUGGGAGAAGAGGUCCAGCUCUACUUCAUCAUCCCCAAGUCCAAAGAGGGUCACUUUGUGUUCAGCAAGCAGGGCAGGCACCUGGAGAGCAUGCGGCUGCCCCUGGUCUCCGACAAGCAGAAUUUGAAUGCAGUCAAGAGCCCUAUUUUCACUCCUUCCAGUGGUCGCCACGAGCACGGACUCCUAAACCUUUUCCACGCCAUGGAGGGCAUCAGCCACCUCCACCUGCUGGUGGUCAAGGAAUAUGAGAUGCCGCUCUACCGCAAGUACUGGCCCAACCACAUCAUGCUGGUGCUCCCCGGCAUGUUCAAUAACGCAGGCGUGGGUGCCGCCAGGUUCCUCAUUAAGGAGCUGUCGUAUCACAACCUAGAGCUGGAGAGGAACCGCCUGGAGGAGCUGGGAGUCAAGCGCCAAUGCGUCUGGCCUUUCAUCGUGGUGAUGGACGACUCCUGUGUCCUGUGGAACAUCCACAGCGUCCAGGAGCAGACCAGCCAGUCUGUGGAAGCCGGAAUGUCCAGUAAGAACGUGUCCUUGAAGAGUGUCCUGCAGCACAUCGAGUCUACACCAAAAAUCGUCCACUAUGCCAUCCUGGGCAUUCAGAAGUGGAGCAGCAAACUGACUCCUCAGAGCCUGAAGGCCCCGUUCUCCAGGUGCCACGUGCAUGACUUCAUCCUCCUUAACAUCGACCUGACGCAGAACGUGCAGUAUGACUUUAACAGGUACUUCUGCGAAGACGUUGACUUUAACCUGAGAACCAACAGCAGCGGCCUGCUCAUCUGCCGCUUUAACAACUUCAGUCUCAUGAAGAAGCACAUUCAGGUCGGCGGGCAGAGGGACUUCAUCAUUAAACCAAAGGUCUCGGUGCCCGAGAGCUCGGCGCCCAUCCAGCCCCUUCAGUAUGUGUGCGCCCCGGACAGCGAGCACACACUGCUGGCAGCCCCGGCGCAGUUUCUCCUGGAGAAGUUCCUGCAGCAUGCCGCCCACAAGCUCUUCCCCAAAGCCAUCCGCAGCUUCGAGAGCCCCGUGCUGGCCAUCGACUGCUACCUGAACAUUGGCUGGGAGGUGGCCAUGUGCUACGUCAGCUCCAGACCACACUCCAGCAACGUCAACUGCGAAGGGGUGUUUUUUAGUGGACUUCUCUUGUACCUCUGUGACUCUUUUGUAGGUGCUGAACUUCUUAAGAAAUUUAAGUUUCUAAAAGGUGCUACCCUGUGUGUCAUCUGCCAAGACAGAAGCUCCUUACGCCAAACAAUUGUCCGCUUAGAGCUGGAGGACGAGUGGCAGUUCCGCCUCCGGGACGAGUUUCAGACUGCGAACAGCAGUGAGGACAAGCCCCUCUACUUCCUCACCGGGCGCCACGUGUGAGCUGCGGACAGGCCAGCGAAGGAUGGCGAGGCGGGGAGGGGCAGGAGCAACUGGCGAUUUUUCUCUUUAAAGUACAAUCACUGUGGAGCAAAGUGCAAACUAUUUCUACUCUCCAAAGAACCCCCCAGAUCUGGCGCAGGUCUUUGGGGACAUCACUGCCCUUCAGGUCCACUUACAGGGCCUUUGGUUCAGGGGAACACCACAGACGUUUCGCGGUGAGGACGCGCUCUGCCUGUGGGAGCCGCAGGGAUGGGCGUGGGAAGGCGAGGAGGCGCGUGGGUCCCCAUACACUACGCUAGGGGAACCGUGGGCAGGAGCCAGCUUGAAUGUGUCGCGUGAGUCACACCGCUGGUGUGGGAUUAACUGAAGAUUAACGCCUGAGGCCUACGCCCUCGGUUUCUCUUCAGAUCUGUACUUUGGUACAGCAUUACUCAGGGGUCUGAUCCGAUAGAAUGUAGAAGAUAUUCAUAUUUAAAAAAGAAGUAGCUUUGUCUUUCUGUGCAGUGUUAGCUUAAAAUUUAUAAUCUUUAUGUAUUGAAACUUGGCAAAAUUUCCACAGGAGUUAAAAGUUUACUAUUUAAACUGAACAAACAAGCAAGUAAAUGCAGAGCAGGCACUGUACGCGUUAUGAAGCUUCUCCUGGCUCAUUUCCUUCGCUUUGCCCUUUUACGCGUCCACAUUAACACGAGCAGGGACGCUGCUGAUUGAUCCUGGGCAGGAGUCGGCCACAGCUGGGCCAGUUCAUACGCUCCCAGCACUCACCCUGCACACCUCCUGGUUUGGCUGCGAGUGAACGGCUGGCACCAGCAAACCCAAAUGCCAGGCCGAGGUCCUGUGCGUAGGGGAACUAAGGUGUUUCUGUCAGUGAUGCGGGCAGAGCUUCCUUAAAAAGACAAACGAGUGUUAGCUGACUUACGUGAACUACGAGAGCUGCUGAAAUGGGAACAGCCACAGGAAGGGAGCUGGGACUUGUACCAUUGACUUUUUGGUGAGGAUUAAGGAAGAUUCCAGGAAGUCUUUUGGCUGUUAAAAUCAGCAGGUGGUAUCUAACAGAUGUCAAGAAUAGGAGGCACAAGUUUCUAUGGAUUUCUCAUCAACUAUUUUAAUCAAAAGCAGAUUUUUGGGGCUGGGGAUUUAACUCAGCAGCCUAAGCACCUGCCUUGCAAGCGCACAGUCGUGAGUUCAAUCCCCGGUACCAAAAAGAAACCACCAAACAAACAAUCCCCCUUCCCCCAGACUUGUAGAAAGUAUUCUAAAACUGUCAAUUAGAAGUUUAUACUUAUAUCGCUCUGUUUCUUGUUCUUAAACAAUCUGAGAUUUUUCUCAUUAGCCCAUAGGUAUCACUUUGUCCCUACUUAAAAUGGCCAUACUUGAAUCUGUCUUGCAAAACUACUGAGAGGCCCUACAAAGCCUGCAUUUGCUGAGAACAAAUAGUAUUAACUGACCACUUUAUUAUCUUGUAGUAACAUGGAGUUUACAGCUAGUGAAAAGAUAGAAUGUAUUAAGACAGACUGCAGAUCUCUCGGUUUUAAUACAUCGACUUUUGAUGCUUUUGAUGUGUUUUGAAAUGAACAAUUCCUUUUAAUCCUGUUUUUAAUUGUCCUUCAAAGAGGAUCUGCCUUACAUAUGCUUUAGAAACUUCUCCUUUGUUUUAGCACAGCUCAUUUUCUGGCCAAGAGGUACAUUCUGAACAGCUGGACUUAGGUACGAACAUAUUUCACAUGUCCUGUUUCUUUUUAAAAAAAGCCUGGUACAGGUGAUAUCAUAAAUUCCACUGUUUGUGCAAUAUUCCAGUAACAUUUACUAUAGAGAGAAAAUGAAGUACUUGAAGUAAUUUUGAAAUAAUUAUACCUGGGGCAGAUGGCCUCAAGAGAGUUUCUUUGGGCUUUGUAACUUCAUAGUCUAAAGGACAUUUCCUAAAUUACUUGAGAUGCCAGUACUCAUGAUAGGGCUGUGCUCUGAAAAAUUCAAAUGAUUAAGAGUUCAUAACUGUCAGAAGAAAGCCAACAGGCCACUGCCCCAACAAUGGAGAAAUCUACGCUGACCUGCCUAUUCCUUCCACCCGAUCCCACCAAGGUCUGGACCUUUUAAAAUCAUCUUAUCAGUGUCCUUUUGUAGAGAAUAUUAGGUCCUCUUGAAGGAUAAAAUUGCACAAGCACAGGACGCCGUGAUCUGCUAGUGUACAUCUCAGUGUGUCGGUCUUCGGCUUUUCUACCCUUUUACACACUAACGUGGGGUGAAUGGAUUCUCGAGGCCCGCACAGUCACUGCUAGAGACCUGCUGACCGCAGUGUGAGUGACAGCUCACACAGGUUAAUACUGAAUGUACCCCAAAAGUUAGAACUGUUACAGUCAAUUUGUUUUUGCUGUAAUUUAUGCAACUGUUUUUUGUGACUUAGAAAAGGGAGUACCUGUUAUUUUAUUACUGUAAAACUUUCUUAAAAUGGUGAAUCUCACUAGUCUACCUCACAUCUUCUUUAUGAUUUAAAGCUGUCUUGUGUCAACUGUAUGUUCUUGUCCUUUCAUUUAAUUUGGUGAAUGUAUUAAAAUUCUCUCCCAGUCCCAUCCCAAAA